UUUAGUUUACGUCUGUCGUCUAGAUUAAUGCAAUGGUGGUGUUAUGAAUAAAGGGAUAUGGAAAUUGAACUUGUAAAUUGAACAAGCAAAUUUUUCAAGAGUUCUUGCCUCUUGUAGAAACAAUGAUGUUUCAAAAUGAAAAAGUGUGUUUAAUGCAAAAUAGACUAGUGCUGUAAUGAUUACCAAAAUUGGAUCAGAUGGCUAUCAAAAGUAUUUGUCCAUGGAAUGAGUGAAGAGACUCCACAGAAGCAGUAACUGUUUAAUUUAAAGAGCUGUAACAAUAAAUAUAUCAUCAUGUUGUAUGUAUUCCACGUUGAUGCUGGUUUGAUGACCACAUAUGAUAUGAAUCUCACACUGCAGAGUGUUGCUAGUUUAAAAGCAGCCAUAGAAAGAAAGACAAAGAUACCAGCACAUUCCCUAGUGCUUCUUGUAAGUGGCGGUGAAGUAUUGCAGUCUGACCAUAUGGUAUCAUCAUACAGCGCUGGGACUGAUACCAAUCCUAUUUAUAUGUUUAGUAAACCUUCAGUAAAGGAAAGUCAUAUAAAGCAAUCUAUGUGUGGAGAUCUCAGUCCUAUCGUAGAAUUGAGUACAGGGGAGUUUCGUAGCGACUCAAGUGCCUUUGAUGGAAAGUCAGUAGCUGAACUCAGGAAGUCCGUGGAAGUAUGUUGCUCUAUGCAGCCGAAUGUUAACACUGUUAUGUCAUGUGCGUCGCUCGCUAAGCAGUUUAGUGACCUCGCUCAUGAGGUGUCGAGAAGUUGUGAACAGCUGGUACAUGAACAGCAUUUGCAGCAUCAGGGCUGGGCAGCUGUUGUAGCGAAUUUAGAAGAUAUAUUCAACGAAUUUUGCGAAAGGUCACGAAGUUUCAAAGAGUCAUUUAAAAAACAUCGAAUUAAAAAGGAGGAGUAUCAUGAAAUGCUAAAUACUUUGAACGAAGUGCUUGAAUCACUGGGCAAGAUUCCAAUAUUAUCGGCGCUGCAAUUGCACGCUGAAGCACAUCGUUUCUCUGCUUUCGAUGUCUUUGAGGAGACCGACUUUGAAGGUCAUCACUAUGGCAGCCAACAAAGAUCGGACACUAGUUCUGAGAAUAGAACCGCACAGGAUUUCGGUGUUGGGGUCUUUAAGCUGUCUGAUGAGGAUGUGUUCGAUCAAAAGAACGCAUCGGGUAGCCAUGAUGAAGUUCUCGCAGAGAGUCAUCGGAUCGAAGAAUCAGACGAAGGUGUCACUUUCAAAGCGCCCUCUGUCGAGAGUAAAGAGGAACCCACGUUGUUGCAUUGGAUAUUAGCGCAGGGGAAUAAGGCCUCGCUGCAGGAUAUACUGGAUUACUGCCAGAAGGCCUUGGCUUUGAUUGAUGCAGAACCACUAAAAGAGCGUGAAGCCCAAUUAUACCAAAUCUUGGAGUAUGCCAAUAUGCAUGGUCUGAAGCAGAUAAAAGGCAUCGAGGAUCGCUUAUACGGCCUCGAUCAACUUUUGAACGAUGUUAAAAAGCUUGAAAAGGACCAACGGGAUCAAGCCACUUCUAUCAUACAAUGUCGUGAUCGCCUUAAUUCCGCCUGUGAUCCAACAGUCCUGCCAACGUUAGUACAAUCACAUUGUUGCCAACUUGAAAAACUUUUAGUUGGUCAUCAGAAAAUUGUGGAUAUUAUCCGAAGGAUUGCGAAGUCAAAGGAGGAGUUAUCACAAGUUUUAAAAGCGCGUUUAGAGGCGGUACUGCGCAUCGAGAACUCGAUGUCGGUGCAGGACGCGCACGCGAUGCUCUCGUUCCAGUGCCUCAACCGGCUGUCGCGGUACUUCAGCAUCGUGUGGCAGCUGCACCGCGCGCCGCACGUGUUCGUGCGCGCCGUGCACGAGGUGGCGCGCCGCCGGACCUUCUCGCACGCGCACCUGCAGUGGGCGACAGAUCUAGCGGAGAAGCUGUUAAAAAUACACGAAGAAGAAAUUAGUAGACGUCAAGAUUUCAAUACGCUUUUCGAAGGUCACUUCCUCAAGAGUCUGUUCCCCGGUAUGACGGAUUUGCCGCCAACGUUUGCAACGCAAGCGCCCCCUACAUUUGACUCGAAAUUGCCGAAACUAACGAGUGAAGAUGUUGAAUUCGUGGCAAACGCUUUCCCAGAACUUGCGAAGGAUGUUCCCAAAUACGAUAUGGAUGCCACGGUGAAAUUCUUUCAACAAAGGUUAUCGACAUCUGAGCACGGAGAUAGAGAUGCAAACGUACAAGUGGAUCUUGACAGAGACUUCGAAUCGGACGCCGAUUUCGAGAAGCUGGCGGGCCAACCCGUCCCCCGCACGGACACGUCGACCACGUGCGUCCCGGACACGGCGAGCGCGGGCACAGUGACCGAGGACAACAUGGACACCCAUAAAAUAAACAUUGAAAAAUUACAAGAUUUCUUAAUAAAACUAUGUACUUUGUGUAAAGUAAAUAUCGUUUUAAUCAAAGAAGAGUUAACGAAACUAAAAAACGAUAUGGAUGAACAGAAACGGUUCAUGCAAGAAAAAUGUUUAGAAAUAACUGAAGCUUGGAGCCUGAGUAAUGAAGAAACACAAAUAAGGUUUAGAGAAGAAAAACAGAGGUUAAUGGUGGAUCACGAAUUAGAAUUGAGCGAUAUGAAAGCGACGCUCAGUGAAAAAGAUGAGCUGAUAGAAACUUUAAAAAGGGAAAAGGAAGAGUUGAAAAAUCAACACCAAAAGGACAUAGAAAGGUUGGAAACUGAGCACAAGAGUACAAAGGAAUUGCUGGAACAGACGCGUGGAGAAAUAAAAGCGUUCGAAAAGAAAUUUGAAGAUGCUGAAGUCCAGAAGGCUAAAGAAAUAAAGGAAGUACAGGAAAAAAUGCAUCUAGAAUACAAAGCGGAAAUAGAAUCGAUGCGUUCAAGGUUCCGUCUAGUAGCCCUUACAAAUAACAUGGAUAGAUCUCCAUCAGAAUCAAGUCUUGAGAAAAUAGAGCGCACCGACGUUAUAGAGAUAAGUCAUCACAACGCAAUCGUGAUGCAGACAAAGGAAAAUGCUGAGGUGGAGAAGGAUCAAGCGAUCAAAGAAACGGUUGAGAAGUGUAAGGUCGAGUGGGAACAGAAGUUGAACGCUGAAAUUGCAUUGCUCAAAGCGAAAUAUGAAGCUGAGAAACAGGUAACAAUAAACGACGUGACUCGCCGACUACUAAUAGAGAAAGAUCGACAGCUAGAAUUGCUUCGAGAGCGCGAACAAGCGCUAACACGUGAAUGCAGCAAGUAUCGAGAUACCAUACAACAACUCACCGACCCGGAGACUAAUGAUUAUGAUAGCCUGCUCAAAACACAGUUUGCGACCCUGGAAAACGAGAAAGCGCUCUUGCAACAACAAGUGGCAGAUCUCAAGAAAGAGUUGGAAAAGAGAUCAGACGAAGGGGAGAAAAGUAGAGAGGAUGAUAGCGAUGGCAGAUCGUCGUCACCAAAAAAAGAGGAAAUCAAGCGGGCACGCACACGCUGUCACACGCCCGUGGGUUUGUCCGCUGGUGCGCUCAGCCUCUCGUCUUGUUUGCCCGGACACACAGUCCUCUUGCUGUGGGACCCAGCUCAUUUGAAUUAUACUGUGCUACAGGAAGCAUCAAUAAUGUAUUUCGUGCAUAGCGACUGCCUCGCCGCGUUAGACCUCAGUAUACACGUCAAGAAUGAGAGAGAGAGGCGGCUGUAUGCCAUCGCCACCGUUGAAUCUAAAGAGUUUUGUUAUGCUAAAAAGAGUGGCAAUCGUUUUCAAAUGCCACGUGGCUCGAAGUUCUACCGAGUGCGCGUGAAACCGCUUAAACCGCACCCGCCACACCCCUCAUGUUGUGACCAUAGGCAUAAACAAGACGCGCUGAAGGGCAGCGUGCUCAACGCGCUCGAAGCGCGCCCGGUCAAGAAGUGGCUGACCUAUAUGCAUGCAUCAGACACCCAAAAGUCAGGAGACACGAGCCAGUCGACUAGCUCCGCGACGGACGAAGCCAGUCGAGUGGGCGAAGUGGCUACAGCUACUCUCAUUAACCUGGAGUCACCGGUUUCGUGUGAAAUCACACCAGCACCUCCACAGUCGGAUUUAGAUCAACUGGACUCGAUCGAGUCGAGCGAGUGGCAGAGCGCUAAGAUGCAAGUGUCGACGGCUAGUGCUUUAACGGACAUGGAAUGCAGCGUGGGCAGGUGUCCAGGGCCCGAGCCUCUCGAACUAACAGUCAGCUCAGUGUCCGUAGUGGCUCGAGGAUCAGCUCCUCCCGGCUCCGAACUAGCCGAAGAGGCCACUCCUUGACGACCGAACACUUUGCACCUACGCACCACUACACAGAACUAGAACUACGCGUGUUAGGUGUAAAGGUGGAUAAUGAACUCUAUUUCUAUGUGCAGAAGGACGAAUUCGCUGUGCCGUAUAAUAUAGAUAUGGGUAUAGAAUAACUAGAACGGCCGCGGCGGAUUAGAACUAUACGCGUGAAUUGUUAACUCGGUGUAAAGUAGGUGGAUUAUGGACCCUAUUUCUAUGUGCAGAAAGACGAAUUCGCUGUGCCGUAUAAUAUUGAUACAGUGCUUGUGGGUUUACAACUAGAACGGCGGAUAAGAACUAUACGCGUGAAUUGUUAACUCG